ACCGUACGCCCCGAUUCCCGUUCGCUAAUGGAAGAGUGGAAAGCAAACAAACCAUCACCAAACCCCAGCCCCGUCGCCCCCCUCGGCGUCUCCGGCGAUCGCCGCCGCCGCGCCGACCUUAAUCCGAACCCCGCCGGCUCCCUUUUCACCAACCCUUGGCGCUCGUAGUCUGAUGCUUCCCACCCCAUGGGCCCCCACAUUCCGCUUCCCCUUCGCCGCCGCCUCCACCUCCUCCUCCUUGCCCUCCUCGCCGUCGCAUCGGGGAACCCUAGCCGUGGGGUUUACGAUCGGGGGGACGAGGAGGCGGAUGCGUACUCGAUCCUGACGUUCCACGACUACACGACGCCGCCGCCGCCCCCAGCUCUGCCGCCCCCGCCGGCCGCCCCGGCGGCGACCUGCGCCGGCGACCUCGGCGGCGUGGGAGACUUCGACACGCGCUGCGUCGUCCCCACGUCCGUGCGGCUCGGUGGCGCCGGCGUCUACGUCAGCGGAAAUGGCAGCCUCUUGCUCGUCGAUGGCGUCGCUCUCACCUGCGAGAGGCCAGGGUGCGUCUUCUCCGGCAAUUUGUCCGGAGAAAUCCGCUUUGGUCGUGGUGCCCAUGUUGUGGCUGCUUGGGUCUCCCUUGCUGCUAGCAAAAUCAUUCUGAGUAACGAUGCCCUCAUCAACACCACUGCACUGGCUGGAGACCCGCCGGAUAAGACCAGUGGUGUACCCACUGGGACGUAUGGAGAUGGUGGGGGGCAUGGCGGCCGUGGCGCCAGCUGCUAUGUCAAGAAGGGUCAAGCACAGGAGGACUCGUGGGGCGGCGAUACCUACGCAUGGCCUAAUCUCAAGACCCCAGACAGCUAUGGAAGCAAAGGGGGGUCUACUAGCGUCGAAAAGGAUUAUGGUGGUGGGGGUGGCGGAGUAGUGUGGUUGUUUGCAGAGGAGAUUGUCAUGAAUGGAACGGUUCUUGCUGAUGGCGGAGAUGGUGGUACCAAGGGUGGAGGUGGAUCCGGGGGAAGCAUCUAUCUAAAGGCUGCAACCAUGCAAGGAGGCGGCAAAAUAAGUGCCUGUGGAGGCAAUGGUUUGUCGGGGGGAGGUGGAGGACGUGUAUCUAUUGAUGUUUUCAGUAGGCAUGAUGACACCCAUUUUUUUGUUAAUGGGGGGAGGAGUUCAGGAUGUUUGGACAAUGCAGGAGCAGCUGGAACACUUUAUGAAGAAGUACCUAAGAGUAUUACUGUUAACAACAAUAACUUGAGCACACAAACUGAUACAGUUUUCCUAGACCCCCCAUACGAGCCACUCUGGACAAAUGUUUUUAUCAAGAAUCAUGCAAAAGUUUCUCUUCCCUUGCGUUGGAGUCGUCUUCAGGCUCAAGGACAAAUUAGUCUUCUAACUCAGGCUACUCUAACUUUUGGGUUGACACAUUAUCCAUAUUCAGAGUUUGAACUGUUGGCUGAGGAACUUCUUAUGAGUGAUUCCACAGUACAGGUCUUUGGUGCUCUACGAAUGUCCGUAAAGAUGCUCCUCAUGUGGAACUCUAGCAUGCUGAUUGAUGGUGGCCGAGAUUCAGGAGUUGCAACUUCUUUACUGGAAGGUAGCAAUUUGAUAGUUUUAAGGCAAUCAUCGGUGAUACAUUCUAAUGCCAAUCUUGGAAUUCACGGUCAAGGCGUUCUGAAUUUAUCUGGAAAUGGAGACACAAUCGGGGCACAACGUCUUAUUUUGUCACUGUUUUACAACAUACGGGUUGGACCUGGAGCUGUUCUACAGGGCCCACUUAUAAAUUCUAGCAGUGAUGAUGUGGCCCCAAAACUGAAUUGCGAAAAUGAGAGUUGUCCUAUGGAAAUUUUUCAUCCGCCUGAGGAUUGCAACCUGAAUUCUUCUUUGUCUUUUACUCUACAGAUAUGCCGUGUUGAAGAUAUUGAUGUUCAUGGUCAUUUGCAUGGAACUGUCAUUAAUUUCAAUAGAGCAAGACGCGUCACUGUGAAGCCAAACGGGACCAUUAGUGCAACAGGAUUAGGCUGCCGAGGUGGAAUUGGACGAGGAGGAAUGUUAAGCAGUGGUCUUAGUGGUGGGGGUGGGCAUGGUGGUAAAGGCGGGGACGGAAUUUACAGUGGCAGUCAUGCAGGAGGUGGAGCUGCAUAUGGUAGUGCUGAUUUACCUUGUGAACUUGGCAGUGGCAGUGGUAAUGUCAGUACAAAAUCUUCAACGGCUGGUGGUGGUAUAAUAGUGAUGGGUUCUCUGGAGCAAUCUCUGCCUAGUCUCUUUGUCUCUGGUUCAGUGGAGGCAAAUGGUGGCACUUUCACUGGUCUGGCAACUAAAGCUGCAAAUGGAGGACCUGGUGGUGGUUCUGGGGGCACAAUUCUUCUAUUUGUGCGGACUUUAUCCCUAGAGAAGGGCUCUGUACUUUCUACUGUUGGUGGGAUUGGAAACAAUGGUAGCGGUGGAGGUGGAGGUGGUCGCAUUCAUUUCCACUGGUCUGACAUUCCAACUGGAGAUGACUAUGUUCCUUUUGCAACUAUUAAAGGAUCAAUACUUACGAGAGGAGGGGUUGUUGAAGGCCAAGGUUUUCCUGGUGAGAAUGGCACAGUUACAGGAAAAGAUUGCCCGAAAGGUCUUUAUGGUAUAUUUUGCAAGGAGUGUCCUUUAGGAACAUACAAGAACGUUACUGGAUCUUCGAAAUCCUUGUGUUCUCCAUGCCCUCCAAAUGAGCUCCCUCAUCGGGCUGUAUACUUAAACAUCCGAGGAGGUGUUGCUGAAACCCCAUGUCCAUACAAAUGUGUGUCGGACAGAUACCGCAUGCCUCACUGUUUUACUGCCCUUGAAGAGCUGAUAUACACUUUUGGUGGACCUUGGUGUUUUGGCCUGCUUCUUUCAGGCCUCCUUGUAAUAUUAGCUCUUGUUUUGAGUAUUGCUCGGAUGAAGUUUGUUGGCACUGAAGAGUUUCCUGGACCAGCACCAACUCAACAUGGCUCCCAAAUUGAUCAUUCUUUUCCCUUCCUAGAAUCACUGAAUGAGGUAUUGGAAACAAAUCGGGCCGAAGAAUCUCACUGUCAUGUGCACAGGAUGUUCUUCAUGGGUCCAAACACCUUCAGUGAACCUUGGCAUCUCCCUCACACGCCGCCAGAGCAAAUUACAGAGAUUGUAUAUGAGGAUGCAUUUAACAAGUUUGUCGAUGAGAUCAACGUUCUGGCAGCUUAUCAGUGGUGGGAGGGAUCAAUUUGUAGUAUCCUGUGUAUACUUUCCUACCCCUUGGCAUGGUCCUGGCAACAGUGGCGCAGAAGAAAAAUGCUACAGAGACUACGCGAGUUUGUUCGGUCUGAAUAUGACCAUUCAUGCUUAAGGUCCUGCCGGUCACGUGCACUUUAUGAAGGGCUUAAGGUGGCUGCUACUCCAGAUUUGAUGCUGGGUUAUUUGGAUUUUUUCCUUGGCGGGGAUGAGAAAAGGCCCGAUCUCCCCACUCGUCUUCAUCAACGGUUUCCGAUGUCCUUGAUUUUUGGCGGAGAUGGAAGUUACAUGGCUCCAUUUUCACUUCACAGUGAUAGUGUGGUCACAAGUCUUAUAAGUCAGGCUGUACCAUCAUCAAUCUGGCACCGUCUUGUUGCUGGAUUGAAUGCCCAGUUGCGUUUGGUUCGUCGUGGAAAUCUGAAAGCAACUUUUGUUCCUGUGCUCAAAUGGCUUGAAACUCAUGCAAAUCCUGGCUUGAACACAUACCAUGUGCGUGUUGACCUUGCAUGGUUCCAAGCUACAGCAUUAGGGUAUUGUCAAUUCGGUCUUGUCAUUCAUGCUGUAGGGGCAGAAGAAGUGUCUGCUGAACUUCAAGGUGGCUCCAGAAUUAAAAUCGAUCAACAUUUACUAAACCAGAAUGCACAUGCUGAUUCUCAACUAGGCUACUCAAGGAACAAUGAUGCAUAUAUGUGUAAAAGAAUAACCGGUGGAGUUCUCAAUGUUGACAACUUGGUGAUGCUCAAAGACAGGAGAGAUUUGUUUCACCCUUUCUCUCUGAUUUUGCACAAUACUAAACCGGUUGGACAUCAGGAUCUUGUUGGUUUGGUCAUCUCAAUAUUGCUUCUUGCGGACUUUAGCUUAGUGUUACUUACUUUUCUCCAGCUAUAUUCAUAUUCCAUGAUAGAUGUUUUGUUGGUCUUGUUUGUUCUUCCUCUUGGGAUCCUGGCACCAUUUCCUGCUGGGAUAAAUGCUCUCUUUAGCCAUGGCCCACGCCGCUCAGCAGGCCUUGCUCGUGUGUAUGCGUUGUGGAACAUUACGUCGCUCGUUAAUGUUAUUGUGGCAUUUGUAUGCGGACUUGUGCAUUAUAAGUCGUCAACGAAAAGGCAUCCAAGCAUGCAGCCAUGGAAUUUGGGCGGGGAUGAAACUAGCUGGUGGUUAUUCCCAACUGGGCUUGUGUUGUGUAAGUGCAUCCAAGCAAGGCUUGUCGAUUGGCAUGUCUCCAUUUUAGAGAUCCAGGAUCGCGCGGUAUAUAGCAAAGACCCAAAUAUGUUUUGGCAAUGAUGCAUUUGGUUCACUGGAGUGCUGAUGGAGCUUUUUGCAACUCGAGUUUUUGGGAGUUGAUAAAAGGAAGGCUAGAAAAUUAGUCCAUUCUUUGUCGACCAGGCAGAGGAAGCAAGUACAAAGUAGAAUGCUUACAGAUGCAUGCUUAUAGUUUACUCUUAAUCUUGUCGAAACACUUUUUUUUUUCUUGUACAUAAAAAGGUUUAAUUGAUAGAUUCUUUGUAGGAUGUAGAAACCAUAGUCUUGGAAUUUUUUCUGGACUAAUCACUGAAAGAUAGUGGGAAAAAUAUUUCUUUUGUUUUUAGCUU